CUUGUGCUCUCCGUCUGUUUGUAGUAUUUUCUCUAUGUCAUUCUUCAGUACUGUUUUAUUGAAGGAAGAUGACGAUUGAACAGUGCAAGGAUGUUGAGAGUGGAGAAGCCAUUAAUGGGCUUCGGGAUUUGGAGGUGCCAUUGGUUCAAUCAGUGAAGGAUUAUAUUGAGUCUGAUUCUGAUCAUGAUAAUGUGGAAAAUGGAUCCAUUGGAAUGGUACUGUUCUGUACAUUUGUUGCUGUCUGUGGUUCCUUCGCGUUUGGAACUUGUGUGGGCUAUUCAGCACCCACUCAAGCAGCUAUCAGGGCAGAUCUUAAUUUAUCUCUUGCUGAGUUUUCCAUGUUUGGAUCUUUAGUCACUAUUGGUGCAAUGCUUGGAGCCAUAACAAGUGGCCGGAUCACUGAUAUUAUUGGCCGGAAAGGGGCAAUGAGAAUGUCCACAGGUUUUUGCAUUGCAGGAUGGUUAGCUGUCUUCUUCUCCAAGUGUUCUAGCUUUCUUGACAUGGGAAGACUCUUCACAGGAUUUGGAAUUGGAGUUAUCUCAUACGUGGUCCCAGUAUAUAUAGCAGAAAUAGCACCGAAGAACCUGCGAGGAGGACUUGCAACAACAAAUCAGCUUAUGAUUGUUAUUGGAGCAUCAGUCUCCUUCUUAUUAGGGAGCGUCAUAGCUUGGAGAGCACUAGCUCUUGCUGGGCUUGUGCCAUGCAUUUCUUUGUUGAUUGGCUUGUGCUUUAUACCUGAGUCUCCCAGAUGGCUAGCAAAGGUUGGCCAUGAAAAAGAAUUUCAAGCAGCUUUAAGGAUACUUAGGGGCAAAGAUGUUGAUAUCUCUCAUGAAGCUUCUGAGAUUAUGGAAUACAUUGAAACUCUUCAAAGCCUUCCCAAAACCAAGUUUCUGGAUUUGUUCCAAAGCAAACAUGUGCGCUCUGUAGUUAUUGGGGUAGGGUUAAUGGUAUGUCAACAACUCGUUGGAAUCAAUGGCAUCGGAUUCUACACAGCAGAGACUUUCGUAGCAGCUGGGUUUUCUUCAGGCAAAAUUGGUACAAUAGCCUAUGCUUUUACACAGGUUCCAUUGACUAUGGUUGGAGCCAUUUUGAUGGAUAAGUCUGGUAGAAGACCACUCAUCAUGAUUUCUGCAGCUGGAACACUCCUAGGCUCCUUUUUGACAGGAACUGCUUUCUUUCUCAAGGGUCAGAGCUUACUGCUUGGGUGGGUACCAAUGUUAGCUAUCAGCGGCAUACUGAUCUAUGUAGCAGCAUUCUCAAUUGGAUUGGGACCAGUUCCUUGGGUGAUAAUGUCUGAGAUUUUUCCCAUACAUGUGAAAGGAACUGCUGGAAGCUUGGUGGUUUUGGUGAACUGGUUAGGAGCUUGGCUGGUUUCAUACACAUUCAACUUCCUUAUGAGUUGGAGUUCUCCAGGUACUUUAUUCCUGUACGCUGGAUGUUCCCUAUUGACGAUUCUAUUUGUUGCAAAGUUAGUCCCGGAAACCAAAGGAAAAACUCUAGAAGAGAUUCAAGGAUGCAUCAAUUCAUAAUAGAGGGAAAUGACUGAGAAAGAUUUAUAUGGGUAAAUUCAGGACUUUGUGUCUCAACCAUUUCUGUGUUUCUGAUGGUGGAAACUCAAGCCAAAAGAUAUAUUGCCAUAGCAGAAAGAUACUGUCCAGUGAUAAAAUCAUCAUGUAUCAAAGUCACUGAGCUUCAUUUGAUAAAAAACACAGAGCUUUAUGCAGGCUAGGAACCUAGAAAGGAAGAAAACGUAGCUAUUUAUAGGAUGUAUGUGAGUUAUGGAUGAAUUGAAUUUUAUUGAGAAUUGAUGUAAUAAUGAGUGGCAUAUUACUUGAAUGUAUCCAUUAUAUCAGUUUAUUAUUAAGAUUUUUUUUUUU